AUGAUAGAGGGUGGAGGAGUGGGUGAUAUGAUAGAGGGUGGUGGAGGGGGUGAUAUGAUAGAGGGUGGAGGAGGGAGUGAUAUGAUAGAGGGUGGAGGAGUGGCUGGUAUGAUAGAGGGUGGAGGAGGGGGCAUUCUACAGGUGUCAUAUGGUGUACCACAGGGUCUUCUACAGGUGUCAUAUGGUGUACCACAGGGUGUUUUACAGGUGUCAUAUGGUGUACCACAGGGUGUACUACAGGUGUCAUAUGGUGUACCACAGGGUGUUCUACAUGUGUCAUAUGGUGUACCACAGGGUGUUCUACAGGUGUCAUAUGGUGUACCACAGGGUGUUCUACAGGUGUCAUAUGGUGUACCACAGGGUGUUCUACAGGUGUCAUAUGGUGUACCACAGGGUGUACUACAGGUGUCAUAUGGUGUACCACAGGGUGUUCUACAGGUGUCAUAUGGUGUACCACAGGGUGUUCUACAGGUGUCAUAUGGUGUACCACAGGGUGUACUACAGGUGUCAUAUGGUGUACCACAGGGUGUUCUACAGGUGUCAUAUGGUGUACCACAGGGCAUUCUACAGGUGUCAAAUGGUGUACCACAGGGCAUUCUACAGGUGUCAUAUGGUGUACCACAGGGUGUUCUACAGGUGUCAGAUGGUGUACCACAGGGUGUUCUACAGGUGUCAUAUGGUGUACCACAGGGCAUUCUACAGGUGUCAAAUGGUGUACCACACGGCAUUCUACAGGUGUCAUAUGGUGUACCACAGGGUGUUCUACAUGUGUCAUAUGGUGUACCACAGGGUGUUCUACAGGUGUCAUAUGGUGUACCACAGGGUUUUCUACAGGUGUCAUAUGGUGUACCACAGGGUGUUCUACAGGUGUCAUAUGGUGUACCACAGGGUGUUCUACAGGUGUCAUAUGGUUUACCACAUGCUGUUCUACAGGUGUCAUAUGGUGUACCACAGGGUGUUGUACAGGUGUCAUAUGGUGUACCACAGGGUGCUGUACAGGUGUCAUAA